CUUUGCGCAAACCUGACGCCUGGCUUCUUGAUACUUUCGCAGUGGAAUACCGUUUGCACUGCACGGACCUCCUUUCGCGCGAUGGAUUCCCUUCCAACUGGGCCACUCAAGGCCGAUGUUGCUCGCCGAGAGAGCUUCGGAUCUCAGAACUCUCAGACGGCAAAAGAGUUUAUUGACUCUCAGAUUCGUCUGGAAGCUGAUGCUCGAGAGGUUCUACCAUACUCAUUCGACUCUUGCACCCAUGACCUCGGCCCUCUUCGGCAAAAUUUAUUCGCCUAUGCCUACACUCCCGCUGCUGUAUGCUACUCCUGCUCUAUCGCAUGCCAUGGCGAGCACACCCUGGUCGAACUAUUCAACAAGCGCAACUUCGUUUGCGACUGUGGUACGACUCGCAUGCCUUCUACUUCCCCGUGCAUUCUACGCGACGACCCCGUUACCGGCCGAAAGGGCGUCCACUCCCAGGAAGCUGCCCCGGGCAACAAAUACAACCACAACUUCCGCAAUCAGUUCUGCGGCUGCGGCGAGAAGUAUGACCCGCACCAAGAGAAGGGCACUAUGUUCCAAUGCCUGGGUCUCGGCACUGUCGAGACUGGAGGCUGCGGCGAGGACUGGUGGCACCCAGAGUGUCUCAUUGGACUGUCGCGUGAUUGGUACAAGAACAAGAAGGCAGUCGCUUUUGGUGGAGACGCCGCUGCUGAAGGCGCUGUCGAUGGUGCUGCUGAUGUCGCUGAUGAAGACGAGGAAACCCCUCUACCUCCUGGUUUCCCGGACGAGGACGAUUUCGAGCACCUCAUCUGUUUUAAGUGCAUUGAUUCCACCCCAUGGCUGAAGCGAUAUGCUGGAACUCCAGGAUUCCUUCCACCAGUUUAUCGAAACGGUGGAAUUGAGAAGCCCGCGCAACCAGUGUCAGAGAAACUCGCCGCUGCAGAGACACCGAAGCAAGAGGACAACCCAAAGAAGCGCAAGGCUGAGGAUGAUGAGCCCGCGCAGGAAGAACCCUCUGCAAAGCGAACCAAAGAGGAGGACGCAUCCACAAAUGACCUUGAAGUUGAGCCGUCCAAACUCGACACUAUUAAAGAAGAAGAACACUCUCCCAACCCAUCCACCACCCACCCUACCACCACUACCGAAACACCCACAACAGACCCCCCGAAGCCCAAGCACGCCUCCCUCCCCAACUCCGCCCCAGAGGCAUCAUUCUCCCUCUUCCUCCUCGAAAACUUCCACGACUGCCUCUGCCGCUGCGCAGAAUGUUUCCCCAACCUAGUCCCACACCCCCAACUUCGCGAAGCAGAAGACACCUACGAACCACCCCUCUCCGACGACGGUGAGGGCGACAACGCCGCCGGCAGCACAGGAACAGGCAGUCUUCUCGAGCGCGGCGAAGCAGCCCUUAGCAACGUCGACCGCGUGCGUGCCAUUGAAGGCGCGAUGAUCUACAACCAUCUCCGUGAUAAGGUGAAGGAUUUCCUUAAGCCGUUUGCAGAGAGUGGACAGGCUGUUAGCGCUGAGGAUAUUAAGGGGUAUUUUGAGAAGCUUCGGGGUGAUGAGCAGGGUAUUAAGGAUGCCGCUGGUCGAGCUUCUGCUGAGGGGAAGGGCGGUGGUGGCGGUGAUGCUGGGGGUGAUAAUCGCCGUGAGCAGAAUGGAUACUGAUUGUGCGAGAUCCUCUGGCUUUCAGUAUGAGGAGCUUGCACCUGUAUUUUACUUGCGGAGUUACGGUGUUGGGUUUCACUCUACCGACUACUGCUUGGAACGGCUUGUGAUCAGGCACUUGAUGGUAUCGGCUUGGAGGAAUUCAGGAUUGGGACACGGAAAUGGAAUGGGAAUGGGACUGGACACUAGAAAUUACUCAAGGCGUAAG